CUCUGCUAGUUGGGGGCGCUUCCGUCCCUUUCCCCCUGCCCCACCCCCGCCGAUGGGCUGGCCCGGCUCUCCCUGCCGAGGAAUGGGCCGGCCCGGCGGCGCGCGGGCAGCGGCGGCCCAAGAUGGCGGAACUGCAGCUGGACCCGGCAAUGGCGGGGCUGGGAGGGGGUGGCGGGAGUGCGGUGGGCGAUGGGGGCGGCUCGGGCCGCGGACCUCCCAGCCCUCGCCCUGCCGGCCCUACACCCCGCGGACAUGGGCGCCAGCCCGCCGCCGUCGCGCAGCCACUGGAGCCCGGGCCCGGACCUCCGGAGCGAACGGGGGGCGGCGGGGCGGCCCGCUGGGUCCGGCUCAACGUGGGCGGUACCUACUUCGUGACCACCAGGCAGACCCUAGGCCGGGAGCCCAAGUCCUUCCUCUGCCGCCUGUGCUGCCAGGAGGACCCGGAGCUGGACUCGGACAAGGACGAGACUGGAGCCUAUCUGAUUGACAGAGACCCUACCUACUUUGGUCCCAUCCUAAACUACCUCCGCCAUGGAAAACUCAUCAUUACCAAGGAGCUGGCAGAGGAAGGUGUGCUGGAAGAAGCAGAGUUUUACAAUAUCGCAUCUCUCGUGCGGCUGGUUAAGGAAAGGAUACGAGACAAUGAGAACAGAACUUCACAAGGCCCCGUGAAGCACGUGUACAGGGUCCUGCAGUGUCAAGAGGAAGAGCUCACGCAGAUGGUCUCCACCAUGUCUGACGGCUGGAAAUUUGAACAGUUAAUCAGCAUUGGCUCUUCCUAUAACUAUGGAAAUGAAGACCAGGCAGAAUUCCUCUGCGUUGUCUCCAGAGAACUAAAUAAUUCUACGAAUGGCAUUGUCAUAGAGCCCAGCGAAAAGGCCAAGAUUCUUCAGGAGAGAGGCUCUCGAAUGUAAGCAGAGAAUCUGAAGUUUCAGAACCCUGAAGGCAAGAGAGCCAUCAACCAAGCAGCUGUGAAGGGAGAUCCCGCACCUGUACAGUAACCGAGCUACUGCAAAACAAAGCUGCGCCUGGUCCCGAGAAGUGGUGUCCGGCCAAACCCGAGGGGCCCACCCGCCUGGAGGAAGACAGUGUGCCUCUGGCUGCACGGCCCCUUCUCAGAAACCUGCUUUUGUUUUCUAGCCAGUGUUAGAACAGACCUUCACAACAGCAUCUGGGAUGGGUCCCUGGCUGG